UUGGUCUGGGGAAAACAGUUUCCUGGCCAAAGUGCAGUAGGUGAGGUUACUGAACCGGAGGAAACAGCCGUAUGAAAAUACAAAAAAGGUCUGAUUUUGGUCUUUUGGUAAACAGCAACGUAAUAUACAGAAGGAAACUUCUACCUCUUUCAUCCUGUGCUUUAAAAGAGGAGAGUAAAGCGCUUAACUGUGUUUCUUUCACGGUAACAUAUGAAGCGCCCCUCAUAGUCCAGCAUGCAGGACCCUCUAGAGUCAGUGGUGAAUUUACUGGAGUCCUACAGAGGAAGAGAUAAAGUGAUAAGAACACUUUGCUAUGGAUCCCAGCUGGUUGGUGGUGUUUUGUCCCAAAGGACUGGUGACUCCUCUCAAUUUGGCAAGAGUCUCCUGCUCUUCUCCGCUCAGCUCAGUCACUGUCGGACAGUACUACGGCUGUUUGAUGACCUUUCUAUGGCCGCUUACUCUCAGAGCUAUGGUCUAGGGGCCACGGAGCAGGACAAAGUGUUACGGUGGAUGUCUGUCCUGAUUAAUGUUGCUGACCAGCUGUAUUACCCCUGCGAACACAUCGCCUGGGCAGCUGAUGCAGAGCUCAUCAAAGUCAAGUCUGACAAAUGGUGGACACUGUGCACUGGCUUGUGGGGUCUGUCCUUACUUCUGGGCACUCUCAGAUCUCUCAGAAUAAUCCUGACAUUAAGGAGGAAGGCACAGAAAUGCAGACAGGCAGCACAAGAUGAUGGCAGGGAAGAUGGCGUCACCGUCACUGUUGACAUCCAGAGGCAGAUUUGGGGAGAGUUUCUGAAUGUUCUUAGCAGCCUAGCAGAUCUGAGCAAUGCUAUUCAUUGGAUGCCUCCUGGGUUUCUGUGGGCUGGCCGGUUCCCCCAUUGGCUGGUGGGACUCAUGGGGACCUUUUCCUCUCUGAUUGGAAUGCUGCAGAUGUGUUCCAGUGACCAAACUGCCAGUGUCUGAGGCGCUAGAUUGUGGGUAGCUAAAUAAGUUGCCAUUGUUUUGCAUAUAGGUUACAUAAAUUUCCAUUCAUGUUCAGGGUUUUCUUGGUAAAGACAGACUUCACAACGCUUUCAUAUAAUUCACUAUAAAUUGUACUUGACAGAUCUUCACAUUUGUGCAAAUCGUUACUUCUCAUGUAAAAUUGUGCACUAUAAAUGACUUUUAGCACUUCAAGUGAAAGUAAAAGUGCUUCAAAUGCUCCUCAAACUGAUGAUUGAUGACAAAACAAGAGCCAUGGCAUUCUCUUUUUGCCUUUCACAUAAAGUGCUCUAUUUCUAUGUACACUUUUCUCACAUAAUUUUGUAUCCAGUUAGACUAAAGAUUUCAAGGCCUGGAAAAAAUAGCAUUUAUGUGGAUUUCAUGCAAAACCUACAGCAUCAGGUGCAUUUUGAUACGAACACUAAUGGAGUUAUUUGUAGUCUUUAUGCAAUACAGAGUCACUCGUGCUGCGACAUUGUUAGAUUCUUUUCUCCACACCUGAAAUGAAUCGUUCCUUGAAAAAUUAAAUUACAGUAGGUACACAGUUUUACCCCUCACCCCAAACAUUGAUCAACCAGGACAUUGGUGUCCAAAGUUUGCUUCUUUAGUUUUGCAGUGGAGCUAAAAGAUGUGGAUUCUGUAGACAUCUAUUAGGGUCUAGCUACAUAGUAAAAAAGCAUACUUUUCUAAACCAUUCCUUUAACUCUUACCAGUAAAUUAAAUUCACAAUCAGAUAUUUCACAUUUUUUAUUCAGCUUGGUAGCUUUAGGGAACUGAAGUAGGAUCAGAUUCCUUCCUGCUUUCUAGUGAUUACAGUCGCAGACCAGGUCCUAAAUCAGCACAUCGGCACAGUGGAAAGUCUGUGUUCAGCCCUGACCAGUAAAUUGAUGUGGAGUUUUCUGACCUGAAGUGUAGUGAGCAUGUGGCCCUCUAAACUUCAUAAUCGAAGUUCUGAAUAUGUGGACCAACAGUGAUAAAUCAGUUCUAAAACCUACAAUUUAAGAACUCUAAUUUUUGUGGUUAUAUUUGCAAUUAAAUAUACCAUACAUUUCACUUGCUUUACAAAUCCUAAAUUGUAAAUUUACCAUCAGAUCUGUCUAAUUUUUGUAUAGACAAUAUAUGAUUAGAUCUGCACGCUGACAGGAUAAACGACUAAGCUUGAUAUUAUGUAAGUAACUUCUGUUAGAAUGUAAUGUCUACACUGAAUGAGUGUGUGUGAAAUGUAUAUUCAUUAAUAAGAGCGUUGUUGACCUGGCAUACAUGAGAAAUUAAUUUUGUAAUUUAUAAUAUAUAACAUGUUGUACAAAUUCUGAAAUAAAUUAUUUUAUUAAUGACA